UUCAUUUUUGUUUUCACCAACAGGUUACUACUAAAUAUGAAUAUAUCAGGAAGCUUAUCUCCACAACUUGGUCAGUUAUCUUAUUUGAAGAUACUGGACUUUAUGUGGAACAACAUUACUGGGAGUAUACCCAAGGAGAUAGGCAGCAUUAAGACGUUAGAAUUGUUGCUUCUUAAUGGAAAUCAACUGACAGGUUCCUUGCCCGAUGAGAUUGGUUUUCUUCCUAACUUGAACAGGAUACAAAUUGACCAGAAUCAAAUAUCUGGAUCUAUACCUGCGUCAUUUGCAAACUUGAACAACGCAAAACACUUCCAUAUGAAUAAUAAUUCACUUAGUGGACAAAUACCACCAGAGUUGUCCAGACUUCCAAAUCUUGUUCACCUGUUACUUGACAACAACAACUUAUCUGGCUACCUUCCACCGGAACUCUCUGAAAUGCCGAAUUUGCUAAUUCUUCAACUAGAUAAUAACAACUUCGACGGGAGUGAAAUACCUCUUUCGUAUAGCAACAUGUCUCUUCUGUUGAAAAUGAGUCUAAGAAAUUGCAAUUUACAAGGACCAAUUCCUAACUGGAGCAGUAUGCCUUCUAUUGCAUAUAUAGAUUUGAGCCUAAACCAGCUUAAUGGAUCGAUACCAGCGGGCGACCUUUCUGAGAAUAUCACUACUGUUGAUCUAUCCUACAACAAUCUAAAUGGGACUAUCCCUGACAGCUUUUCUAGGCUUCCGUAUCUGCAGAAAUUGUCACUGGCAAACAAUUCACUGAGUGGUUCUGUUCCAUCCACCAUUUGGCAAAAUAGGACUCUUAAUGAAUCUGAGAGACUGUUCUUGGAUUUUCAGAACAAUAUGUUUUCAAAUAUAUCUGGCAGUCGUGCCCUCCCUCUGAAUGUCACCGUUAGCCUCCGCGGAAAUCCAAUAUGCUUAAGAGGAAACCUUGUUCAGUUCUGUGGAUCCCAAGACGAAGGUUUCAGCAAUAUCUUGAAUAAAACAGAUGCCCGUGCGUGUUUAAUGUCAUGCCCACCUCCUUAUGAGUUAGCCCCACCAUCUCCCAAUUCAACUUGCUUUUGUGCUGCACCUCUGCUGGUAGGAUAUCGCUUGAAGAGUCCCGGGUUUUCAGAUUUUCGCCCGUAUAUUGAUAGAUUUGAGGAGUACUUAAGUACUGGUAUGAAACUGAAUAUUUAUCAGCUCCACAUUGAUUCGGCUGAAUGGCAAAAGGGACCUCGACUGAGAAUGUACCUGAAGAUUUUUCCCGUGUAUGUUAAUAAUAGCACAUUUUUAUUUAAUAGAAGCGAGGUCAGAAGAAUUCGUAGCUUGUUUAGUGGAUGGAAUAUUCCCGAUAGCGAAGUGUUUGGACCUUUUGAGCUUCUCAACUUCACACUUCUGGAUCCUUACAGAGAUGAAUCAUCCUCAUCUUCAUCUGGUAUAAGCAAGGGAGCACUAGCUGGGAUCAUACUGGGGACAAUAGCUGGAUCAGUUACCCUCUCUGCCUUCGUGGCACUUCUCAUCUUGAAAAUGCACAUGAAGAAACAUCAUAGAACUUCAAAAAGACGUCCAUCGAAUGCAGCAUCAAGAAUUUCCAUCCGAAUCGAUGGUGUGAAAGAUUUCACUUAUGGUGAAAUGGCGCAGGCAACAAAUAAUUUUGCAAACUCAAGUGUUGUGGGGCAAGGAGGUUAUGGAAAAGUUUACAGAGGUAUUCUUGCUGAUGGAACAGUUGUAGCCAUAAAGCGGGCUGAGGAGGGAUCAUUACAGGGUGAAAAGGAGUUUUUCACAGAAAUAGAACUAUUGUCGAGGUUACAUCACAGAAACCUCGUGCAAUUGAUGGGAUAUUGUGAUGAAGAAGGUGAACAGAUGUUGAUCUAUGAGUUCAUGUCUAAUGGUAACUUGAGAGAUCACCUAUCUGGGAAGUCCAAAUUGCCUUUGAGUUUCGCUAUGAGAAUAAGAAUUGCGCUGGGUUCAGCCAAAGGCAUUCUUUACCUACAUACGGAGGCAAAUCCUCCAAUAUUUCAUCGGGAUAUCAAGGCAACCAACAUAUUACUAGACCCUAAGUUUACUGCAAAGGUUGCUGAUUUUGGACUAUCACGGUUAGCUCCAGUUCCCGAGUUUGAAGGAGGUGUGCCUUCUCAUGUAUCAACAGUUGUAAAGGGGACUCCGGGAUAUCUUGAUCCUGAAUAUUUUUUAACACACAAGCUGACGGACAAAAGUGAUGUUUAUAGCCUUGGCGUUGUUUUCCUCGAACUAUUGACAGGAAUGCACCCUAUUUCACAUGGGAAAAACAUUGUUCGGGAGGUCAACAUUGCAUAUCGUUCGGGUACGAUAUUUUCUGUUAUCGAUGAAGGGAUGGGAUCUUAUCCCUCUGAAUGCGUGGAGAAGUUCAUAAAUUUGGCCCUUAAGUGCUGUCAAGACGAGACAGAUUCCCGACCUUCAAUGGCAGAAGUGGUUAGAGAACUCGAAAACAUAUGGCUUAUGAUGCCCGAGUCGGACACCAUGAUAUCUGAAUCCAUAGUCACUGAUCACGAGAAGGAUAUAACUCCACAAUCUUCAUCUUCUACACUAAAACAUCCAUAUGUUUCACAAGAUAUCUCAGGUAGUGAUCUUGUGAGCGGAGUUAUGCCCACCAUUACACCAAGGUGAUGAUAUAGAUAAGAUUCAUAUUUUCCCAUCUAUGCCUUUUCCAUUAAUGGUAAGUUGACAAAAUUCUGUACAGUCAAUUUGUUUCAUUUGUAUUAUGAUCUGUUUAGUGAUUCAGUAAUAUCAAUGCAAUACACGAUAGCUUUUGUUUAAA